CAAGUUUGUGAAAAAGUAGAUGAAAGUUGGGGGCUGGUGAUUGGUGAUACAUGGGGAGAGUUACUAUCAUUCUCAUUACCCCCUAAUUCUUCCUGGUUCUCAGUUGUUGUAGUAAUAGUUGACUUCCUGUCGAAUGGGAAAUUGGGUAAUGACAGUUGCGUAAAUGGAUUUUGGCUACGAAUUUGAUAUUUAAAAUUUUAUUUUAAUUACGCGACUUAAAAAUGCCACCUAUUUAUAAAGACGAAAACGAUUCAUGAAGUUGCCAGCGAUGACAAAACCCUAAUUUCUCGAGAAUUCUUCGAUAUAAGAAUGAGAACUAAAUUACGAAGCACCAGGCCUCACUUCUCGAAAUCAUCUCGCGGAUCAUUAUCUGCUACCUACGCUCGGCCACUUCCUUCUCCUGUUCCGUUUUGUACUUUAAUCAGAAUCAAAGAUUGAAAACGUUAGUCGGUCUCUUUGAAGGAUAAAAAUGCAGAUGGUACGGACUUGAUGGCACAGGACCAAUCCGGCGAGAGUGAUGGUGAUGUUGAGGGGGAUGGACGAGAAAGUAAAGUGUGUGAAGCAAAGGCGGACGGCUUAAGUAGUAUGGAUGUGGAUUGGUCGGAGGAGAAGGCUUGCAUAAAAUGUAACAUGGGUGGGGAGCUGCUGCUCUGUUGUGGAUUUGGUUGUCCAAUUGCUCUUCAUGGCAAGUGUAUCCCUUGUAAUCCUAGAUAUGAUAACACGGGAAAAUUUUACUGCCCCUUCUGUUGGUAUAAACUUCAACUUGCCACGGCCGAAGAGCUGAGAAAGAAGGCUUUGCUGGCUAAGAAAAAUUUGCAGGAUUUUAUGUAUUGUGGACCGACAGAGGUUGAUCAUGGUAAAGAGAAGCAGAAUGAUGGAAGUGCAAAAGGAAACGAUUCAAAUGUCAGACUAUUUGUGGAGGAGAGAAACAAAAAUGAACAUUUAGAGAGGAUGGAGCAAGAAAAGAAUAAUCAAGUUGCUGAUGAGCAAGACGAGGAAAUUCUUGAGGAAGAAGAUCACGCAGGAUCUGUAAAUGUAAAUACUCAGUGUGUCGAAGAAGAGGCUAUUGUUGACGGUGCACUUCAUAAAUCAGCAGAAGUAACAGCUGAAACUACAAAAGCAUCUGAAGGAAACCAAGUCAGGGAGGAGGAAAAAGAGCAAAUACAUAGGGACUUACCUGAAACCAAUGUUACGUGUACUGGUGGAGAUGUGGCAUUAAAUGUGCCUGAAAUGUGUGAUUCGGAUGCUGAGACUGUCACAGUGAGGGUGAAUAGUGGCAGGACACCAAGUGAGAGAGGAGGAGACCAAGCAAGAGAGGAGAAAAAAGAGCAAAUAGAUGGGGAUGCACCUGAAAGCAAGGUGACAUGUACUGGUGGAGAUGCAGCAAUGGAUGAUCCUGAAAUGUGUGAUUCGGAUACUGAGACUGUCACGGUCAGACUGAACUGUGGCAGGAAACAAAGUGAGAGAAGAGGAGACCAAGUGAGAGAGGAGAAAGAAGAGCAAAUAUAUGGGGAUGCACAGGAAACCAAUGUGACAACUGGGGCAGGUGCAACAUUAAAUGCACAGGAAAUGUGGGAUUCUCCUACUAUUGCAAGGAGAAUGAGUUGUGGAGAGCAAACAAAUAAUUUAAGUGCUGAAUCUGCCGAAUCACCAAGGGGAUCAUCACUUCAUCCACCCGUCACUGUAGUGGAUGAAGCUAUGAAACAAAAAGAGGAAGUUGGUUCUGUGUACAAGUCUGAACAAUCUAAAGUGCCUGCUAAGAAAUACAAAAACCUGCCAUUCCCUCAUGAAAAGCGAAAACGGGUGCCAUGGAAAUCUGAUGAGGAAGAAAUGCUAAAGGAAGGGUUGCAGAAAGUUUCAACCAAAAAUAAAAAUAUCCCUUGGAGAAAAAUUUUAGAGUUUGGUCAACAUGUAUUUCAUGCAAGUCGAAGUCCUGCUGAUCUUAAAGAUAAAUGGAGGCAGAUUGUGGCCAGAGAGUCUUCAACAACUAACAGACGGUCUUCUUGAUUCGUGUGACUCGGGAAAUGGAAGGUUAAUUUUGCCUUUUGUCAAUAGCAUGGAUAUGUAUAUAUGGCACCGAUGUAUGUAUGUGGACACAGUGUGUACCUUAUGAUUUUGUUGGAUCCUCUUCUCUUCAAGCAAAAGGGAGUGAAAAGAUAAAAGUGGAAAAUUUUGCCUUUUUGUUCAAUAGCAAAUGUAAGUGCCUCAUGGUUUUUGUUGAAGCCCUUGAUCUUAUAACAAAAGCGAGUAAACAGAAGAUGUUGACAUGGUGACAAGUGUCCUGUUUCUUGUAUAUGGAAGUAAUAUGUAGACAGUUUAAAUCAAAUGGCAUUUGUAUAGAAUCUAAUUGGAGUGCUUGACGGUGGA